CCCUCUAAAGCAUUGUAUACCUGAGUCAGGUAGAGAAAAGACUGAUCGUGCUUUGUUGUCGCUUGUACCUGCAGUCAGUCAGAAAGACCGGUUUUAGAAUGUUUGUUUCAUUAUUAUUAUUUUGAAUCAUUUUUAAGUGGAGCAGAAAAGCUCUUUAGCGCUUUAGGAUGAACAUUCAAGUUGUCGAAGUUGACUUAAAGGGUCCUGCACAUAUUUGCUUCAAAGUAGAAUUUGGAUGCAGAAGAAGGCUUCAGGCGUGGACUGUGACUGGUGUCCGGUUGCAAACCUUCACUUGGCUCUGACCUGGAGACAAGAGACCCUGGAACCACAGCAAAAGGCAGGACUGGUCUUGCUGGGCCUCAUACUUGAGGAGAUGAGGCAAACAUCCAAACUUUUGCUUCACUCACCGUCACCACCGCCCUUCAUUCAUAAACCGUCGCCAUCCGGUCCCUGCAGUCACCACACCUCAACUUUGGCCCUUCUGAAAGAAGAGGUUUUAAAUUAGAUGGCAAUCAAUGAUAUUUUAGCAUCCCCUUCAACAGGAAUGUUCCAUGUGUUCUAUCCUUCAUUCCACCGGAGUCUGUAUUUGUACAUACGCAGAUUUCAGUGGCGUGAAGUGUACGAGACAUGGAGGCUUCACACCAUUCCACCAGCUGAAGAAGGUGCUCUUGUCAGUUUAAGUUGUUAAUGCAUUUAAAGUGGUUGGUCCACUAUUUUUUGGGCUAUAAGGUGCUUGGGAACUUGUGUCACAUGAAAUGUUUGACCCUGCUCCCAGUGUCUGUUGUUCUAUGUGCCAACGAAACAAAGUGUGUAGAAUUGGCAGAAUUGUGGUGUUGUGCUGCAAAAAUAAAGGCUAAACUAUUAACAUCUUAGAUUUGCCUUUGUAAAUUUAAAUGUAUUUUUUUAAUUCCAUGUAAUGUGUAGUAUUGUAACUUAUACAAUUAACUUGAUCAUAUUCUAUUCAUAUUUUAAGUAUUUUCUUUUCACAAUUUGUAUUUUGUGUAUGUAUGUAUGUAUGUAGUGUGUGUGUUUGGACACAUCCAGAGGAGAAAUAGUAAGUAUAUUGGUAGAAGGAUGAUGAAGAUGGAGCUGCCAGGCAAGAGAGCGAGAGGAAGACCAAAGAGAGGGUUGAUGGAUGUUGUGAGGGAAGACGUGAGGGCAGUUGGUGUUCGAGAGGAGGAUGCAGGAGAUGACGCGGUGUGGCGACCCCAAAAGGGACAAGCCCAGCCAUGCAUGUCUGGAUAUUUGGUUUCCUCUUGGUUCUUUUUGCUCAAGGCUUGGCACUUGAGGAGGAUGAGGACACAGUGGGUGAAGAGAUCGGCGUCCAUCAGCUGGAGCGUCUGGUGGAGCUGCUCACGCCUUCUGAGUGCGAGGACCUCCUCGUUGCCCUCUCUCAGGCAGAAGAAAACAUCUUGGAGCGUAUUGUCAAAAGAGACACCUCUUCACUAAAAGAAAGUGAGGCUAAGUGUCGGAAGGAUCUGAGAGACUGGCUGCAGAAGUACGGUCGGGAGAUCUACUUCGACCGACUCACUUGGGCCUUGCACCACAUCGACAGAACAGACAUCGCCGUUGAGCUGGGAAAGAACAUCAAUCAGGAUACAAUUUUAAACCUGAAACGGUAUGCCGAAGGCUAUCAUGAGUUAUUCAAGUCCAUGAACUCCCAAGAGGCAGAACCGGAAACAGGUGGAAAGAAAAGACAGAAAAGAGCGUCUGAUCUGACGUGGCGCGACCUCGAUCUUAUUGUGGAGCGCCCCCCAGUCCCUGCGUACUCCAAGGGCCCUUUGGACGUGGCGCUCCCUGUCUUGUAUGGGAUCCUGCUAGGCUUCGGGGGAACCUUGCUUGCAACUGUCGCCACGCUCUUCGCCAUCUUGCGCAUCUCACGUCGGAGCCAGCAGAGACGUCGACCCAGGGUGACUUGCUACCCCAGUUAUGAGUUGGUGCAGCAGCUGCAACUUAUUAGAGUGGACUGCGGAGGCCACAUCCAUCUCUUGUCACCCAAGGAGUCAGCUGCAAACGACUUCCGUAAGAGUUUAAAAUCGCUGCUUGAUGAAGCCAACAGAACCACAUCAUCUGCAAAAAUUUGAGACGCAAUGCUGAGGCCACCAAACAGGACCCCUUCAACACCUCGGCUGCUCCUAGAACUUCUGCCAAUAAAAGUUAUGAACAGAAUACAAUACAGAAUUACAAAGGGAAGUCUUGGCGGAGUCCAACCCAAAAUGAAAAGGAAUCGGAAUUAGUGCCGGCAAUACGGACCAAACUCUGACACCCGUCAUAUAGGGACCGAACAGGGGUCAGGUACCACAUACUCCCGGAGCACCUCCCACAGGACUCUCUGAGGUACACGGUCGAACACCUUCUCUACGUCCACAAAGCUGGUUGGGCGAACUCCCAUGCACCCUCGAGGGCCCUGCCGAGGGUGUAGAGCCGGACCGCUGCUCCACAUCCAGGACUAAACUUCCCUGACUCCCUCUUCUCCAGAACCCCAGAACUGACCUUAUACCGCCAGGGAGGCUGAGGAUUGUGAUCCGCCUGUAGUUGGAACACACUCAAAAAAGUGGUGGUGUUUCUGACAACCCAGAAGUAGUAGGAGUACUAGGUAAAAUUAAAUGCAAUUUUGGUGGCUUAACAUACUUAAAGCAAGGAAAGUACCAAAUUUGACAUCCUUCACUAGCAUUUUUGUGUAAUCUUGCCAUCACACUGUAGGUUCUAUCCAAUAAAGAGACAGGAGCUCAAACAGCCUUGAUGCUCUGUUUAAUGAGUCGAUGGGAUAAUAAAAGCCCACACUCA